CAGAUGGUGUCUUACUCAAGAGUCAACAAGACUCAACACAGAGGCCCGACAUCAUGACCCGUCCGCGAUCGUUAUCCGCUUCGAAUACCGUGCGAACCCCGAUUCGGAGGCGAGUCCACGCUAUAGAGCAUCUUCUUGCUGACGACGCUCGAUCGUGGCCGACUGUCACAGAAGCCCUGUCGAAGAUUUCGUACAAGGAUGGGUACUCUCUUGUCGGCGCCGACGUAGGUCUGGCGGAAACGAUCAUGGUCUGCGCACCAUGCAAAUCCCUCCUGCAGACUUCGCCCUUAGCUCCAUUGCAAUCCCAUCAGUAUCGUGAAAUCAGAAAGGAGAGAGACAUACCCAUCGACGCCUGGCAUACACACCACCGUACACUGUUUGCGCUACUGGAUUGCUGCUAUGGUCAUCGCCAGACUUGCUGCUUGUGUGAAGUCCUUUGGCAAGGUCUUCGGCGGCAGUUGUCACGCCAGCGCUCGCUUAUACGUAUGAUUGACAAGCAAAAAGAAGACUUGGCUGGGUCUGCUUUAUGUCUGCGAAAUGACGGCGUAGUGAGAAUCAUGUUCGUUGGAUCUAGCGGCUUGUUAACUAAUCUGCCAUUCGCUAAACAACUCGAUGCCGACUCCUUAAUGUUGCAAUUUCGAUGGUUCACACUACACCUGCAGCCCAACUCUAACCGGAGGCGAGAUACAUUACUCACGAAGAGCACAGCUUCGCCCGAAGCGUUCUCACAAAUCAGGAGCUGGAUAGCCUUGUGCGAUGAGUGUCAUGGGCAUUGCCAGAAACAUAGAUCAACAAACUCGGGCCGACCUACUCGCUUAAUCCUCAUAGAUCGAACAGACGUGGUCUCUCCCGUCGUUCGUCUAGUGAAUUCGCCGCCAUCACCGAAAUACAUGGCUCUCAGUUAUCGGUGGGGAGCUACUGGAUCAGCAGGCAACAUAUCGCCCACGAAGAAUCUGGACGUAACUAUGCUCAACGCCCAGACGGAAGCUACGCUUCGUGCUGGCAUACCCGUCUCCUCACUCAGGCGCACUAUAAGAGACGCCUGCACUGUCGCCUCCGAGCUGAAUAUACAUUACCUUUGGGUAGACAGAAUGUGUAUUAUUCAAGAUUCUCGCGAGGAUUGGCAACGAGAGGCUGGGCAUAUGGCGACUGUCUACAAGAGCGCUACCGUAACCCUAGCAGCGAGUUGCGCUUCAAACGAGGAUCAUGGAAUCUUCCGAAACCGCCGCGCAGAUAGACUGCAACCACUUCGUUUGCAUGCACUCUCAUCGGGGGCACCUCCUGAUUCAUUAAUUGCUACAUACGCAAAGUUCCGCCGCAGUCGACCUGGUUCUCUUUCGCCUGGAAGUUCUUCUUCGCCUGGAAGCUACUAUGUCUAUAGCGACUUGCCCCAUCAGAAUGACAGGUACCGCGGCAAGCUGGGUUAUCUCGGAGAUCGCGGUUGGGUCUACCAAGAACGCCUGCUUUCCCCCCGGAUCGUGUAUUUUAGUGAAGAGCAGGUCUAUUGGGAAUGCCGCGAGAGUGAAAUUAACGAGAUAGCGUGUUUGUCUUCUCACUACCGUCAUCAUUUGGGUAGAAGUCGCCCCUGGGACUUGGUGAGCGUGGGCCACGACCGGCAGCUUCAGCUUCAGGGCGACGAGAAGGCAAGGUGGCACAGAUGCGUGCAACAUUAUGGUAGACUUGAACUGACGUUCCCACAGGACCGACUUACUGCUUUGUCAGGUCUUGCGAAGGAGUAUUUCGAUACCCAACGAGGUUAUCGCCGCAUACAAAGUGGAAAGGGGAAGCCCGAACGAUACUAUGCUGGGCUGUGGGAGCAGACAUUCCUCGACGAUCUCUGUUGGUACGCCACCACUACGCCCAUACUGCUGCCGGAAUACGUCGCCCCUUCGUGGUCAUGGGCGAGCGUUACCGCCGAAUUCCGGUGGCGCGGGCCUCGUGAUUCUUACCUUCAGCCGCUUGCUCGGAUCAAUUCUGUGCAUAUCAAGCAAGCAGGGCAUGACCCUUUUGGAGCUAUACAAGAUGGUUGGCUUUCGCUUCGUGCCACUGUGAAGCCUAUCAAGAUCACAUUGGUGGGCGGAGUUGCAGUCAAGAUUUGCCAAAGAGACAGCACUCCCCUGGGUUUUUGCGUUGAGCAGAACAGCUCCUUGGACGACGAACGAUUCGCGAGGUCGUUGACUUGUCUUCCACUAUUCUGUUUAGCCCUCGGCUAUUACGACCACUUCUAUGGUCGCUACAGAACUCAUGGCCCCUCCGAUCUGGAGAACACAAGAAUGCACGGAGUGUGCCUCAUACUUGCACCACAAGACCUUAUACGACACCAACGCCCUCAACCGAGCGUCUCGGACCACAAUAGUCCCCAUGAUCCUUCGCCGGACUCUCCAGGAUUGUCUCAACUCGAUACUUCUUGUGAGCAGUACCAGCGCGUCGGAAUCGGCCUAUUCACCUUUCGACAUUCCAAUGGCUGGAAACCAUGGCUCGAUGAAGAAGAAGAGCGUGACAUUAUCAUCCGGUAGAGCGUGGGAAGAACAAGUUUCAAGUUUCAAAAACGUCAAAUGGAGGAUAUGUAUCUCGUAUAUAGCUACGGAAUUUGUUCGUUUUACCUCUGCGCAAGUUCCUGUCAAGCAAAUACGCGAUGCC